UAUGUUAUACUAUUAAAAACAGAGAAAGCAAUAUUUUUAAAUGUUAUAUUUUAUUAUCUAUCACUUUAAUAUGUUUAAACAAUACUUCUUGUCUUUAAAUUUAUUUGUUAGGGUAUAUACGAAACUUAAAUGAAUUUUGUGCAAACCUAUAAUAUUUUAAACAUGAAUGGUAUAAUACCUGAAAUGGAACAAAUCAUUAGUCAACUUGAAAGGGGAACUGUAGUAACAAAAUUUUUUUCAAGAAAAAGACCAGAAAAGAAAACUCUUAUGAUAAGAAGAGAAACUAGACAAAUUGUAUGGUCACGGAGUGCAACAUUUAGACCAUUUGAUGGUUCAGUCGAAAUAAGAGAAAUCAAAGAAAUUAAAGUAGGGAAGCAUUCUAAAGAUUUUGAGAAGUGGCCAGAAGAUGCAAAAAGGAUAGAAAAUCUUAGAUGUUUUGUUGUAUAUUAUGGUUCUGAAUUUCGCCUUAAAACUCUUUCAAUUUCUGCUCUUAGUGAAAAAGAAUGUGAACUUUGGGUAAAAGGAUUACGUCGGUUGGUUCAAGAUACUAUAAAAGCUCCUUAUCCUUUACAAGUUGAAAGAUGGCUAAGAAAAGAAUUUUAUGCAAUGGAAAAUUCAAGGGAAACAGUUACUUUAAAAGAUAUAAAAGCAUUUUUACCUAGAGUUAAUUGUAAAACAGCAACGAAUAAACUUAGGGAACUUUUUCAAGAAAUAGAUACAAGAAACAGAAAUGAACUUGGCUUUGAUGAUUUUGUUGCACUUUAUCAUAAACUCAUCUUUGAUCAAAGUAAUCUUACAGAUUGGAGUAAAUUACUUAAUUAUUCUAAAACGGGACAAAUUGUUACAGUACAAGAGUUCCAAAAUUUUUUAAUAACUGAACAACAAGAUCCUUUAGGAAAUAAUGAGGUUGAAGUAUCAUGUUUCAUUAGAGAUUAUUUACAAGAUCCUCAAAGGGAUGUACAGGAACCGCACUUUACGUUCUCGGAGUUUAUCGAUUUCCUGUUUUCGAAACAAAAUUCCAUAUGGGAUUCAAAAUAUUCGCGAAUUUAUCAAGAUAUGACUAAACCUCUUGCACAUUAUUGGAUAGCAUCAUCACAUAAUACAUACUUAAUGGGAGAUCAAAUUAGCAGUGAAAGUAGUUGUCAAGCUUAUGUUCGUGCAUUAAGAGCUGGAUGUAGAUGUAUAGAACUUGAUUGUUGGGACGGGCCAGAUGGAAUGCCCUUUAUUUUUCAUGGCCAUACACUCACUACAAAGAUUAAAUUUUUAGAUGUUAUUAAAACCAUCAAAGAGCACGCUUUUGCUACCUCUGAUUAUCCUGUCAUUUUAUCCAUUGAGGAUAAUUGUACUUUACCACAGCAACGUAAAAUGGCAAUUACAAUGCAAGAUGUAUUUGGCGAUAUGUUAUUAGUUCAACCUGUAGAUAAAAAUGAAACUUCUUUACCAUCACCGCAUGCACUGAGAAGAAAAAUUAUAUUGAAACAUAAAAAACUACCUGAUGGCGUAGAUGAAACAUCAUUUCUAAUUCGAAAUGAUGAAAGUAGGCAAGAAAUGGAUCUUCGAAAUACAGUUAAAAAUGGCAUUCUUUAUCUUGAAGAUCCCGUUGACAGAGAAUGGAAUCCACAUUUUUUUGUAUUAACACAACAGAAACUAUUCUACACAGAUACAUUUUCUAGAACCCAAGAAACUGAACAUGAUGAUGAUGAAGAAACUGUAGUUCGACGACCGACUGAUGGAGUACCGAACGAUGAAUUACAUUUUGGAGAAAAAUGGUUUCACGGUAAAUUAGCAAGAGGAAGAGAAGAAGCAGAAGAAUUACUACGACGUUAUUCGCACCUCGGUGAUGGCACAUUUUUAGUUAGACAGUGUGUUACAUUUGUGGGCGAUUACUGCCUUUCAUUUUGGCGCAAAGGAAAAGUAAAUCAUUGCCGUAUUAAACUGAAACAAGAAAUGGGUCAAACACAAUAUUAUCUGAUUGAUACAAAUUGCUUUGAUAGUUUAUAUAGUUUAAUUACACAUUAUCGCAAUCAUCCAUUAAGAAGUCAAGAAUUUUUAAUCACGCUUCAAGAACCUGUUCCACAACCAAACAAACACGAAGAAAAAGAAUGGUGGCAUGCUGAAUGUACUCGAACUAUAGCCGAAGAAAUGUUAAAACGAAUUCCUACAGAUGGUGCAUUUUUAGUGAGACCAAGUGAAAAAGAAAGCAAUUCUUAUGCUAUAUCUUUUAGAGCAGAGAAAAAAAUUAAGCAUUGCAGGAUUAAACUAGAAGGACGUUUAUAUACUAUUGGCACCGUACAAUUUGAAAGUUUGGUUGAAUUAGUUAAUUAUUAUGAAAGGCACCCGUUAUAUAAAAAAAUUAAAUUAAGCCAUCCUGUAAAUCAAGAUGUUAUUAGAAAGAUGGAAUUGGAUAUAGAUGAUGGAUCUGUUUAUGGCAUUCCUGGUUAUAUGGACCCUACUAGUUUUACGUCAAAAGUGACUGUAAAAGCUAUAUAUGAUUAUAAAGCAAGGAGGGAUGAUGAAUUAACAUUAGUAAAACACGCUAUAAUAACAAAUGUACAUCGACAAAGUGGUGGUUGGUGGCGAGGAGACUACGGCGGUAAAAAGCAACAUUGGUUUCCCGCUAGUUACGUGGAAGAAAUAAAACCGCAAGAAAGCCAAGGAGAUUCAGCAGAUUCUAUGAUGUUUGGUAGCCUACAAAAAGGCUCAUUAGACAUUAUGGGUGCUGUGGUUGAAUUAAGAGUAGGGGGUCGAUCUGGAUUAGAAUGGAUACUAAGAAUACAAAAUCCAAGUAUGUGUUCAGUAUUUGAAGUAGCAACUUCAUCAAAAGAUACAGCACUAGAAUGGAUGUCCAGUAUUAAAGAAACUGCUCAAAAUGCCAGUGUUAGAGAAAAUCAACACAAAGAAAUGGAACGUGCAUGGAGAAUAGCUAAAGAAAUGUCUAAUCUAAUAGUUUAUUGUAGAUCCGUUGCAUUUAAUUUAGACAGAAUAAAAUCAAAAGGUUUUGUAUUUAAUGAAAUGAGUAGCUUCCCUGAGACAAAAGCUGAGAAACUUAUGUGUCAGCAAGAAAACAAGUUUUUUAUAAAAUAUCAUCAGAUUCAAUUUAGCAGAGUAUAUCCAAAAGGACAACGUAUCGAUUCAUCAAAUUAUAAUCCUGUGCCAAUGUGGAAUACUGGUUGUCAGAUGGUAGCACUGAAUUAUCAAACUGGCGAUAAAUCAAUGCAGCUUAAUCAGGCAAAAUUUAAAGAAAACGGCAGUUGUGGUUAUAUUUUAAAACCGGAAUUCAUGUUUAGAGAUGAUUUUAAUCCGUAUGAUAAAAACUGUUUACAUGGAAUAGAAUCACUUAAGUUUUCUUUAAAAGUUAUUGGUGCAAGACAUUUAAUUAGAUCAGGAAGAGGUAUAGCUAGCCCUUUCAUUGAAAUUGAAAUUAUAGGAGCUGAUUUUGAUUCUGGUAUAAAAUUAACAACAAGAACAAUACCUGAUAAUGGAUUUAACCCCACGUGGAAUGAAUCAUGCGAGUUCGAAGUUUUUAAUCCAAACUUUGCCUUCAUACGAUUCAUUGUGCAGGAUGAAGAUAUGUUCGGUGAUAGUAAUUUUAUUGGACAAGCCACUUAUUCUGUCCGAUGUUUACGACCAGGAUAUAGAAGCAUCCCAUUAAAAAAUAAUUAUAGUGAAGAUCUUGAACUCGCAUCAUUAUUGAUACAUCUUCGAAUUACAUCUUCAGCCACACAUUCACAUAGUUUGUGAAACCAAUAAUAAAUUACAGACUUUAAGGUGUUUGAUACCAGAGAUGAAAAAAGAUUAUUAUUUAACAUAAAUACUAUUACAUGAAAUACUUUAAUCAAAAUCUGAAAUUAACUGAAAUAUUAUUAUAAAACAGACUGGUUAUACAAGGAUUGAAAUCUACAAAUUGAAAUCAAUGAUUAUGAAGGAAUAUACUUUUCUUUUUGUAACCAAUUACAUAGAUAAUUUAAAGACAUUAUUUGCUAUGUAUAAUAUAAACAAAGUAGCUAUUACAGUAUUGAAAAAGUAAUAGAUAUUAAACAUAGUCGAAUAUGAGAAAACGCAAUAUCUUUAAAAACGUGACAUAUUAAUAAGAUGAGAUUCAAAAAUAAUCUUUAUUAUAUGUAAAAAGAUCAUUGUGAUUUAGUAUAGACUAUCUUUAUACUUUUUAUGUAAAGAGUAACAAAUCAGGCACUGACAUAUUGAGAUACAUCUUCAAGUUGUAUUAUAUAUCACUUCUUUCAUUCAGACAAAAAGAGUAGAUACGAAUAACGAAGCCUUCAGCUAUGAUAUAUUUUAGACUGAAUCAAUAUGUACAAUACGCUUCUAAUUCUUUUAAUUAGAAUGGUAUUUUCAUAUUAAUACUAUUUAUUUAUUGUUUCAAUGCUAUAUAAUUUUAAUUUAGUAAUGUAGUAUAUAAAAAAACUAAAUGAUGAGAGGCUCAUUACUAAAUGAUAUACAUACAUAUGUAUUGCCUUUCAUGUAAAAUCAUAAACUUUGGGCUAUAUAAAAUGAGAUAUAAAUGUACUUAUUGAAGUAAUGUAUCAUGAAGUUACGUAUUCAGUAAUAGUAUUGGAAACCAGAAGAAAAAUAACUCUAGAAACAAUUAAUUAAACUUACACACUUAUUAAGAAAUAUUGCAAUAAGAAUAUUAUAUCUCAUUUAUAUGUUACAUAUUUUAUAUUCAUAACAUUUUUUUAUCAUCGUUCCUAUUGAUACAAACUUUUAUAUUUAAAAAUAAUAUUACUAUAAAUUACUUGUUAGAAACAAGGAAAUAGUAAUGGAAGUUUUUGAUAUAAUUUUAUAUAGUAUAUUAACCUUUUCGCUACCGCCGUUUAAGGAAAAAGUUGUUAUUCACAGCCCAAGUUUCAAAUUUUCAACAUGUUACAUAAUAUGACAUAUAUUUUUACAUAUUUGUGAUGUGUGGUAGCGAAAAGGUUAAGCGCAUUAUUUGUAUACUUCAUGACUUUUUGUUUUACAUUAUAAUUAAAUAAUAUACUAUUAUUUAGUAAUUUUAAUAGAAAUUUAAUUUAAAAAAAAAUAAUUUUUUGUAUAACUUCUUGUUUUUAUAAUAUGUUAUAAUUAUAAUAAUAUUUCACUAAUAUGUCUUCAUUUUGUAAUAGUUAAUUUAAAUAUAUAAUAACAAUAACUCUAUUGAUUAAAUCAGCUUCCUAAAAUCACAUAUAUGAUUAAAAUGAUAAAUUAUUCCAAUACCACAUACAUAUUAAAAAUAUAUACAUAUGUAUAUUCGGUAUAAUUAAAUACUAUGUACACAACAAAUUCAUAAAAAUGAAGAAUAAAAUAUAUGUUAUUAUUUGUUCAUUAUUA